AUGGGCCCCAGGUUCGGCGGCGGCGGCGGCGGGGGCGGCGGCGGCGCCUCUCGGCUGAACGCGUCGGCGACCGCGUCUUUUUCCACCGACGACGGUCAACGCGGCGGCGACGUGAACGUGCGAUGGCUGGAGGAGGUGGUCAUGCUCGACGUGCGGGGGAUGCACUGCGGCGGUUGCGCGGCGAACGUGCGAAGGACCCUCGAGGCGGACGGUUCCGUCGUGUCGGCUUCGGUUAACCUGGCGAACGAAUCCGCGCUGGUGAGGAUCGGCGUGGACGUGCCCGCAACUGACGAAGGACUGACCCGUGCUGACACCUUUACGAACUUCGAGGAUAAGGUGGUCACCGCGGUCAGGGCCGUCGGGGAGAAGCUGGCGAGCGCGGUGACGGAGCGGGGUUUCCCCACGUCCGUCAGGGAGGCUUGCGGCGUGGCGGUGUCCAACGUGUCCGCGACGGACGCGGCGCUGAGCAAACGCGAGGACAGGUUGAGGCGAAUUCGGGAGAGUACCAAGCGGGUGGUGGUGGCGUGGGCGCUCGCGGCGACGUGUCUGAUUGGACACGCGGCGCACAUGCUUCAGGGGUGCUGCCCCCCGGCGUUUCUCAAGGUGUUUUGCAGCACGCCGGUGCACGCGGGUCUGUCCGUUUUCGCCAUGCUCGGCCCCGGGAGGGAGAUAUUCGUGGACGGGUGGAACUCCUUGAAGAGCGGCGGGCCCAACAUGAACACGCUGGUGUCCCUCGGGGCGCUCGCGUCCUUCGGCAUGAGCACGGCGGCGGUGAUGCUUCCAAAGCUGGGCUGGCCGACGUUUUUCGAGGAGCCGGUGAUGCUGCUCGCGUUCGUCCUGCUCGGCAGGGCGGUAGAGGAGCGAGCCAAGCUCCGGGCGACGAGCGACAUGAGCGCUCUGCUCAACCUCCUUCCCCCGACCGCGAGGCUCGUGCCCAAGGGUGUCGACGAGGUGAAGGAGGGCGGCGAGUACUACCGCACGGUGCCCACGGCUGUGAUCCGACCCGAGGAUACCAUCCUGGUCCUGCCGGGUGACAGGAUCCCGGUGGACGGCGUCGUGGUGAAGGGCGUGAGCCAGGUGGACGAGGCGGCGAUAAACGGCGAGCCCAUCCCGCGAGCCAAGCGCGUCGGCGAUGAGGUGAGCGCCGGGACGGUCAACUGCGACGGCGCCAUCACGGUGCGGGUGUUGAGCUCGGGCGAGGAAACCCAGGUGGCCGGAAUCGUUCGCAUGGUCGAGGCUGCGCAGCAGAGGGAGGCGCCCGUGCAAAGACUGGCCGACGAGGUGAGCGGUAAGUUCACGUACGGCGUCAUGGGGGUGAGCGCGGCGACAUUCGCGUUCUGGUCCACGAUCGGCACGAAGAUCUUCCCAAAGGUGCUCGCGUCGGCGGCUGCCACCGGAGCCAACGCGCCGCUGCUCCUGGGCCUUCAGAUGGCGGCGUCCGUGCUCGUCGUCGCGUGCCCAUGCGCGCUCGGUCUCGCGACCCCCACCGCCGUCCUCGUGGGUACGUCUCUGGGCGCCAGACACGGCCUCUUGAUCCGCGGGGGUGACGUGCUGGAGCGAACGCACGAGCUGGAUACCGUCGUGUUUGACAAAACCGGGACGCUGACGGUGGGCAGGCCCGUGGUGAGGAAGGUGGCGGUACGGGACGGUCUGAAGGAGGCGGACGUCAUCGCGUCGGCCGCCGCCGUGGAGAAAAACUCGAGGCACCCGCUCGCGCUCGCGGUGGUCGCCGCGGCGCCCGGCGCCGUCCCGGACGUGGACGACGGCAGCUUCAGGCAGGAACCCGGCGCGGGAGCCGUCGGCGCGGUGCGGGGCAGGACCGUUAAAGUCGGGACGCUCGCGUUCGUGACGGGCGGUGAAAGCGCCGGUGUGACGAUUCCACCGGAAGUUGCGUCCAUCGCAUCUAACUCCAACCCCGGUCGCACCCCAGUUUUCGUCGCAAUCGAUGGAAUCGUCGCGGGGGUGCUCGAGAUGGAGGAUGAGGUCCGAGCCGACGCGGCAUCCGCGGUGGCCAGGCUCCAGAGAAGGGGACUUCGCACCGUUCUGCUCUCCGGGGACAGGCAGGAGACCGCGGAGAGCGUGGGAAUGUCCCUGGGCAUAGCCAGGGAGGACAUCUACGGCGACGUGCGGCCGGAGGGAAAGGCUCAGCUGGUUGAGAAACUCCAGAAGGGCGGCGCCACCGUCGCCAUGGUGGGCGACGGCAUCAACGACGCCGCCGCGCUCGCGCAGGCGGACGUCGGCGUGGCAAUGGCGGGCGGGGUCGGCGCGGCGUCCGAAGUGGCCUCAAUCGUACUCCUCGGCGACUCACCCUCGCAGGUCGUGGACUCCAUCGAGCUCAGCAAGGCGACGUUUGCCAAGAUCAAGCAGAACCUGGGGUGGGCAUUUGCGUACAACGCCGUCGGCAUCCCAAUCGCCGCGGGCGCGCUCCUGCCGUUCACCGGCCUCGCGCUCACGCCCAGCGUCGCGGGUGGGCUCAUGGGCUUCUCGUCCAUCGGGGUGAUGGCCAACUCGCUUCUGCUGCAGCUCACGGGCAAGAAGCUGAGCAAGAUGCCCGAGUCCAACAAGGUUGAAGACGACGAGGGGGGUGACGAAAACGUCUGAUGA